UUUUGAUCGACCUCUCUCUCUUUCUGUGUUGUACUGCCCCUCUUCUCUUCGCUCCGACGAAUCUCUGAUUUUGAAAGGUUAGGCAAAGCUAGGCUCAAAAUGAUGGCCAGUAGCGGCGGGAGCAACGGCGGAUGCGCUUCAGAUUCCAAGGUGGAGACUAUCGCUCGGUUAGCACAGUGGCGGAUCGAGAACUUUGGCCCCUUCUCUACUCGCCGCUCCGACCCUUUCAAGCUCGGCAUCUGGAACUGGUAUCUGUCCGUUGAGAAGAAUCGGUACUUGUACAUCCGUCUCUACCCGGAGCCGUCGCGUAUCACUAAAGAGCAGCCGCCGCUUGUUAAGUUUGUUCUCAGGGUAUCCAAUUCCGGCCCAGGCCGUCGCCCCUACGUUUCCCCAGUACAUGAGAAAUUGCUUCGGACCAGUGAAGACUUCGUUUGGCCUGUUGAUGGGACCUUCCAUGGGCGUUUCAUUAUUGACGUAGAGUUUCUGGAAUUGAAAAUCUCCCCCUUAAGUGGAGGUGAACUCUGUUCGAUCUGGCCUAAUAAAGAAAUGAUGCAGAAUGCUGCAAACAAGGGUGGUCUCCAUUGCCUGUCCCGCAUGCUUGAAGAAGAUAUUCAUUCAGAUGUCACUAUAAACACAGCCGAUGGAGUACUAAAAGCCCACAAAGCUGUUCUAUCGGCAUGCUCCCCUGUUUUUGAGAGCAUGUUUCUGCUCGAUCUAAAAGAGAAAGAAUCUUCUUCAAUCAACAUUGAAGAUAUGUCACCGGAAUCCUGCUCUGCUCUCUUAGGAUACAUUUAUGGUUCCAUAAAUCAAGAAGAUUUUUGGAAGCACAGGCUCUCAUUGCUUGGUGCAGCUAAUAAGUAUGAUAUUGCGGCACUAAAGGAUUGCUGCGAGGAGAGCCUUCUUGAGGAUCUGAACGCUAGUAAUGUUCUUGAGAGGCUCCAAGCAGCUUGGCUUUACCAGCUUAAUAAGCUAAAGAAAGGGUGUCUGAUGUAUUUAUUUGAUUUUGGGAAGAUAUAUGAUGUCAGGGAUGAAAUCAAUGGCUUAUUCAGACAUGCGGACAGAGACUUGAUACUGGAUAUGUUCCAAGAGAUGAUCACUCUAUGGAGGCCUGCCUGAUGGUUAUAAUUUUGAGUUGAGCAAGGCUUGUUGCAUGGCCACUGUUCUGUCUAAUUGAUACAAACAAACCCUAAAAUGUAUAUAUUAUGUUCGUGCUAUAUUUGUAGCUUGGUGUUUGCUCAUAUGAAAAGGUUGUCAUCACUUGAAUUCUUCUCUUUCCUAAUGUAAAUGAUUUGCUUAAGUACACAUAUAACUGAUAUGGAAAGUAAUGUCAUUGAGCUGCAAAUGUGCCAAAUUUAUGUUUAUGGU